CCCACAAACCUCCCGCGAUGACGUCGAAUCCCUCCCGGAGCUCACCUCCAUCUCCUCCGGCGGCCCCAACGACUUCCAAAACUACACCAUUUUCAUGCCCCCCACCCCCGACAACCAGCCGUACACCGCCGUCGGCAGCUCCAGCACCAAGUCCGAGGACCUCCCUCCCCCGCCCUACGCCAAUGCAGCCAAGCAAACGAAUCAGCGCGGCGGAGGCGCCGCCGAAAAACCCGAACGGCGUUCGUGCACGAAGACGCAGAAAUCGAUGCUUUUUCGGACACAGACGAGCGAUUUUGAUAACAAUCGGUGGCUGUAUGAGUCGAGGGGGACGUAUGGGAUCGGCAAUGCGUUCUGCUCGCAGGAUGGCGGAUUGGAUGAAGAUGGCGGGGUGAAUAUGAAGGAUUUCUUGGAGAAGCCAUGGAAGCCCCUCACCAGAAAAGUUCGGCUCCCCGCCGCCAUUCUAAGCCCAUAUAGGUUGUUGGUGCUGGCGCGUCUGGUUUGUCUAAUUGCCUUCCUAAUUUGGAGAAUAUCGAACACGAACACGGAUGCUUUAUGGCUAUGGGGUUUAUCAACCACCUGCGAGAUUUGGUUCGCUUUCUCAUGGCUUCUCGACAUCCUCCCGAAGAUAAACCCAAUUAAUCGUGCAGCUGAUCUCGCCGCCCUGCAAGAGAAAUUUGAAACUUCAUCCCCCUCAAACCCAACGGGCCGCUCCGACCUCCCUGGAAUCGAUGUGUUCAUCUCCACCGCCGAUCCGGAGAAGGAACCCCCUCUCGUCACCGCCAACACCAUCCUCUCCGUCCUCGCCACAGAGUACCCUGUCGAAAAACUCACCAUCUAUGUCUCCGACGAUGGCGCCGCCCUCCUCACCUUCGAAGCCAUGGCGGCAGCCGCCUCCUUCGCCCAAUUAUGGGUCCCCUUUUGCCGCAAACAUUGUAUCGAGCCACGCAACCCUGACAGCUACUUCAACCUCAAGAUUGAUCCCACCAAAAACAAAAAGCAACCUGAUUUCGUCAAAGACAGGCGGUGGAUCAAGCGUGAAUACGAUGAGUUCAAGGUCAGGAUCAACGGGCUCCCAGAAACCAUUCGGAAGCGCUCCAGGGCACUCAACUCAAAAGCACAGAAACAAGCCGCGAAUCUCGCGAAAGAAAAUGGAGAGGAUCCCUCCGCAGCGAGGUCCAAUGUAGCAAUCGCCACCUGGAUGGCCGACGAAACCCACUGGCCCGGCACUUGGAAAUCACCUUCCCCCGAUCACUCCACCAAAGACCAUGCCGGAAUCCUUCAAAUCAUGAUCAAAGCUCCCGACUUUAAUCCCAUCCUCGGCAACCCCGGCGACCACCCUUCCAUUGAAUUCACCUCCGUCGACAUCCGGGUUCCCAUGCUCGUCUACGUUUCCCGAGAGAAACGCCCUGGAUACGACCAUAACAAAAAAGCGGGCGCCAUGAACGCUCUGGUUCGAGCUUCCGCCAUCCUCUCCAAUGGACCUUUCAUCCUCAACUUCGAUUGCGACCAUUACAUAUACAAUUCACUCGCCAUUCGUGAAGGCAUGUGUUACAUGAUGGAUCGAGGCGGCGACCGAAUAUGCUACAUUCAAUACCCGCAGAGAUUCGAGGGAAUUGAUCCCUCAGACCGCUAUGCGAACCACAACACCGUCUUCUUCGAUGGGAACAUGCGCGCGCUGGAUGGUUUACAGGGGCCAAUGUAUGUGGGCACCGGAUGCUUAUUCCGGCGCUACGCUCUUUACGGAUUUUGUCCGCCGCGCGCUAACGAGUACUCUGGGCUUUAUGGGCAGUACAAGCGGCGAGCGGAGGCGGUGCGAGUGAGGGGAGAAGAAGAUGAAGAGUUCCAACCGCUGAACGAGCAUCCAGACCUCAACAUGCCGCAGAGAUUUGGUAACUCUGUUUUGUUGGUGGAUUCGAUUGAGCUCGCGGAGUUUCAAGGGCGGCCAUUGGCUGACCACCCGUCGGUUAAGAAUGGAAGGCCUCCCGGUGCGUUGCUUGAACCUCGAGCGCCGCUGGAUGCAUCGACGGUUGCGGAGGCUGUAUCUGUGAUUUCUUCUUGGUAUGAGGAUAAGACGGAGUGGGGCGAUAGGAUUGGGUGGAUCUAUGGGUCGGUGACGGAGGAUGUGGUGACGGGCUACAGAAUGCACAAUCGGGGCUGGAGGUCCGUGUACUGCAUUCCUAAGCGUGAUGCGUUCAGGGGGACGGCGCCCAUCAACCUGACUGACCGGCUGCAUCAGGUGUUGCGGUGGGCGACAGGGUCCGUGGAGAUCUUCUUCUCCAAAAACAAUGCUCUGCUGGCAAGCUCCCGUCUGAAAUUCCUCCAACGCAUCGCCUACAUAAACGUGGGCAUCUACCCCUUCACCUCCAUCUUCCUCUUCAUAUACUGCUUCCUCCCGGCCGUCUCCCUCUUCACCGGCCAAUUCGUCGUCCAAUCCCUCAACUCCUCCUUCCUCAUCUACCUCCUCCUCAUCACCCUCACUCUCUCCCUCCUCUCCAUUCUCGAAGUCAAAUGGUCCGGCAUCUCCCUCGAGGAAUACUGGCGCAACGAACAAUUUUGGGUCAUCGGCGGCACCUCCGCUCACCUUGUCGCCGUCGUCCAAGGCCUUCUGAAAAUCAUCGCCGGAAUCGAUAUCUCCUUCACGCUAACCUCCAAGUCUGCUAAUGAGGACGAGGAUGAUGCCUUCGCGGAUCUGUAUAUAAUCAAGUGGACAAGUCUCUUCAUCCCGCCGCUGACUAUACUUGCUGUGAACAUCAUAGCCAUUUUUAUCGGCGUGGCGAGGACGCUGUACAGUGUUAUUCCGCAGUGGAGCAAGUUGAUUGGAGGAUUGUUCUUCAGUUUCUGGGUUUUGGCGCACAUGUAUCCUUUCUGUAAGGGGCUAAUGGGGAGAAGGGGGAGGACGCCGACAAUUGUUUAUGUUUGGGCGGGGCUUAUUGCCAUUACCAUCUCCUUGUUGUGGAUUGCGGUGAGCCCGCCAAGUAGUGAUCUUGUUGCUUCCUCCGGACACUAUUAGGGCAGGAGGAGAAGGAUAAGAAGAAGACAUAACUUAAAACAAUAUAUGUAGUAUAUAUUUAUUUAUUUUUAUUUAAUAAGGGAAGAUUUGUUCUUUGUAAAUUGUAGGA